AACAGUGAUGUCAGCGCUUAGAACUCAGAACGCAUGCGUUUAUCGGUCACAGCCAGGCAGGGGGAUCCUGUUUGUAGUCAGCCAAAGAGGAAGACAUAGGCAUCUGGCUUGGGUCAUCAUUGCGUUCAAGAAAAGCAUUCGCUAGCUCCAAAAAGAAGACCCACCCUCCUGCCCUUUAUUUAUCCACACCAUUGAAACGACAGUCUGAGAAGCAAAAACGCAGCUUCUAAAAAAAACAAAACAAAAAAAAAAACACAUAGGGAGACGAGCUACGAAGCGGACACAGGAGCGAUAUUUCGCCCCCAGCUUUUGUAUUAUUAAAUCGAGUCCUCACUUUAGAGGAUGAGGUUGGCGAGAAACAGCAGACGGUGCUCAGCAGUAGAUGGAGAUGGGAAGGAGGAGCUGGCUCCCCCAUUCAGGAACCCCUUUGUGCAUGAUAUACGAUUCACUCUACUGCAGAAAGCACAGAUUGCAGUAAUGACAGUGACGCUGUUUCCUAUCCGCCUCUUCUUCGCUGCGUUCAUGAUGUUGCUGGCCUGGCCCUUCGCAUUCCUCGCCUCCAUGGGGCGCUCAGAAAAAGUAAUAGAGCCCCUCUCAUGGUGGAGAAAAGUCUUUGAUGUUCUGCUCAAAGUAAUAAUGCGGGCAAUGUGGUUUGCUGGGGGGUUCCACUGGAUGACUGUGAAGGGACGUCAGGCGCUGCCCACGGAGGCUCCGAUCCUGACGCUUGCGCCGCAUUCCUCUUACUUCGACGCAAUUCCUGUCACCAUGACCAUGGCCUCUAUCGUAAUGAAGGCGGAAAGCAAGGAUAUUCCAGUUUGGGGAACCUUGAUCAAGUACAUUCGUCCAGUGUUUGUCUCCCGUUCAGAUCAGGAUUCCCGGAAAAAAACUGUAGAAGAGAUAAAGAGGAGAGCUCAUUCAGAAGGAAAAUGGCCUCAGAUAAUGAUAUUCCCUGAGGGAACUUGCACUAACAGGUCCUGUCUGAUCACAUUCAAGCCUGGGGCAUUUAUUCCUGCCGUCCCUGUGCAGCCUGUGGUACUCCGUUAUCCCAACAAAAUGGAUACAAUCACAUGGACAUGGCAGGGGCCUGGAGCGUUCGACAUUCUAUGGCUUACUUUGUGCCAGUUACAUAAUGUUGUGGAAAUUGAGUUCCUACCAGUCUAUACGCCAUCUGAAGAGGAAAAGAAGAAUCCAGCUUUAUUUGCCAACAAUGUGAGGCGCUUGAUGGCAAAGGCCUUGAAGGUUCCAGUUACAGAUUACUCAUUUGAGGACUGCCAGCUAGCAAUGGCCGAGGGCCAGCUGAAGCUUCCGGCGGAGACAUGCCUCUUGGAGUUCGCCAAACUUGUCAGAAGACUCAGCUUGAAGCCUGAGAAGGUUGAAAAGGACCUUGAGGAGUAUGCGGAGAGAGCCAGAAAGACCAAAGGGAAAAGGCUCGACUUGGAGGGGUUUGCAUCCUAUUUGAACCUCACAGUCUCUGACACUCUGAAAGAUAUGUUUGCACUAUUUGAUGAGAAGGAGGAUGGCACAAUGGAUGCCCGAGAGUAUGUGAUUGCCUUAUCUGUAGUAUGCAGACCUUCUAAAACUCUUGCAACGAUACAACUAGCUUUUAUGAUGUAUGAGUCAGAACAAGAUGGAAUGAUUUUAGAAGAGCAUUUAGCCUGCAUUCUGAAGACUGCCUUAGGAGUGUCAGAACUGAAUGUAACAGAUUUGUUUAGAGCAAUUGAUAUUGUGGACAAAGGAAAAAUCACUUUCGAUGACUUCAAUGACUUUGCAGAACAGAACCCUGACUUUGCAGAGGAGUACCUCUACCCAGACCAGACACGUUUCCUAAGCAGUGCAGAGACCCCGUCAGCCCAGAUCGCAAAUGGAUUCUGCACAGACUUCAGCCCCGCAGGUCAAUACGAAGAGGAAAGGAGGCCACUGCGGAAGAAACUUAACUGAGUGGUUACAAAAGUGCCUGUCUCCUCUCCUGGUGAGAGUAAAAAGGCUAAUGCCAAGAGUGUGCUACAUGGUCAGUCAGACAUAUGUGGGAAUAACUUAACUGUGCGAACAUGCUAAUCCCCCCCACCCCCACCCUUGUAUUUAUAAUUUCCUAAUUGUUUUUUUUUGUCGCUUGGGAUAAUUUUUUUCUCUUUUUUGUUCAAAUGGUAUUUAAAAAAGGAAUCUGAAAGCCACAAAAUGGAAAUGUGAUUCAUCUGUAAAAGUACACUUAAGGCAAACCAAGCACUUAUUAUUUUUUGGUUUUGUUUUAAGAACAGUGUAACGUAUAGACUGUGCAUGUUUUAAAACAAAAAAGUCAAUUGGGGGGGGGGGGGGGGGGGGGUGUAGCUCCUGUUGUGUUUAGUGCACCUUGUUUAGUGAUUUAUAGUGUUGUAUUCAUUUUGUGAGAGGUUUGUUUUUGUGUUAGCGUAACUAUAGUUUAAGAAGCUUUUGAAAACAAAAAAGUGUUUGCGUAGGAUUGUUUUGAAAUGCUAAUUUCAAACUGUAUUAGGAUAAUGUACAGGGGUCUGACAAAAUGGCCUUCUAGCACACGCUAUAGUGUAACAGCUUAGGGCCUUUAGAACUGGUGGUUUUUGGUUACUGACUAGUUCUCAUGAUUGGUCAGAUUUCCAUGAGCAAGCAGCCUGGCAGGAAUGGUGAUUUGCUGUUUACUCAAAGUGUACCAGUCAAAAGUGGAGCUCAGGGAAUCAAAAAUGGAAGAGUAAAAGAAAACAUUAAAGGGUUAAGAUGGGGGAGAGAGAAAGGUAGGUCAAACAUACAUUAGAAAAACACAAAUGCAAUUUAAUAUCUAUACAAUAUAUACACAUUUACCAGGUUGUAUGUGAUAAUUGGCUGAACUGUGAAGCUUUAAAGCUAAACCCUACUGGAAGUUAUAUUCUUUUAACCUUAAUGUGAAGGAAACUUUCAGAUAUUAAAAUCCUCGGUGGACCAAAAAAAAAAGAGCAAAGACCAAAAUCUGGCCAAUGUUGGGUUUUUUUGUGUAUUGUUUACAUGGAUCACAUUUUGUUGACAUACAUAUUGAUUUCUCAGCCUGAAUGUGGUAUUUGCAUUUGUCAACAGCAUGACAUCACGUUGACCUGCUCCACUUCAUAAGUUCUUCUUGCCUUAAAGUAAGAAUUAAGAUUCCAGUUCAAAUUCUCUAAAACACUCUCACAUUCCACGCCCUGUCCAGCUUACUGUACAAUCAGCUCGAAAAUAAAUUGUUACAGUGGUAGUUUAUUUACAUUUACAGAGAAACACUUUGCUUAGCACUGCCAUGUCAAAACUUAUUUGGAAAUGGAUGAAUAAGAAAGUCAACACACCAAGCCGCACACAACCAAACCCAAAUAUAUAUUCUAGAAAACAUGGAUGUUACAGUAUCAAAUCAGUCAAAUAAAAUACCAUUAAGAAAAAAACUAUUGUAAAUAUAAUAGCCUAUUUUAAUAUAUAAAAUCUAAAAGAGUGUUAAUUUCAUUCUCUUUUGCUAUUAUAACACGAAAGAAUAAAGUUAUCGUCCAAAUGGUUUCCUAACUUUAUAAAUGUGACCUUUGUGCUUCAUUGUUCUUUGGAGCAUUGCUUUGAAGCCUGUGAAAAGAACUUUUUUUAAGUUUAGAAAGUAUAAGGCAAAGCUUGUUCAGGGUUGCCAAAAAGUUUGCCCAAAUGACUUUGCCUUUUAGUACAUUGACCGUACUUUUAUCAUAGUUGUUUAAUAGAUGUGGCAGUGGGAUAUACUGUUCAGUUAGCUUGUUUAAGCUCUGCUUCAGAAUGCUAUGUUUUUUUUGUUUUUUAUUAUUAUUAUUAUUUCUGGGGGAGUUUGGUGUUUUGUUUACCAUGGAGAGCCAAAAAACGGAAAAUCCUUGCUACAUAGCUUGUGGCUGAGCUUUUCUGCAGGUAGCUCCCUUCAUUUUGUAUCUUCCUCCUUGGGUUUCUCUGGAGCAAAACAAUAAGAUCUUAAGUGCAGAAAAUCUUAGUGAUACAUUAAAGUCACCAAAAAACAUCUACCAUUGAUCUUUUGGUAAAAGUUUUUCACUUUUAUUAACAAACCAUUGUAUAUACUAAUUUGGAUACAUAAAAAGUAUGGUUGCAUGUGUAGAUUGCACAAAGUUGAACCAAAGUGGGAUACUGUAAACAGAUAGUGGGCUCAAAACUUUUACUGUAGAAUGCAGACACACUAUUUUCCAUUUCUUCUGUUUUGCUUUCUUAUAAGAUAUGUCUCCCCCAGAAUGUACUGUAUUUCAGAUAUUCCGUAUACAGGGCAUUAUGUGAAUAUGCAUAUAAAUGAAUGGUUAUACAUGUACUCUUCUGAUCUGUACUCCGCGAGCAAGUGGAGCUGUGCCAAGACAUGGUGAUUUAUGUAUUAGUAAGUCUAUACAAAAAAAAACAAAAACCAAAAAAACACUUUAUAUUACUUUAAAUUAUAAACAUAGGUGUAUUCAAACACUUUAAUAAAUUAUAAACAUAGAUGUACUCGCGGCAUUCCAUAUCAACACCAUUCAAAGUGAGAGAAUUAAAUGUUUUUUAGUUGUUUUUUUUUUUCCCCUAGUCUUUUACAUUUGGUUUCUCCAAUCUAACCCAGCAUUCCCCUUGCAAUACAAUGGCUAUACUCUGUUUCCUUGAAAAAUAGUAACAAUAUCAGAUUGUGGACUUGGAACAAGUAAAGAUAUUCCGUGGUUUCCAUUAUAGUUCAUUAUUUUAACCCUAAAAAGUAUGGCUGUCAUUGGGCAGUUUUCUGACCAUGUUUUGCAAACUGCAGACUUGCUUUUGUGUGGUGUCCUGGAGACCAAAUCACUAUGUGAUUUCAGUGUAGUUGCACAAGCUGGAAAACAACACAGCAGUUUACAAAGGUAAAUGUUUGUGAGACCCGGUCUGGGAAACCUAUUCAUGGUACAUGAUUUUUUAAACAGCAUCUUAAAAUAAGUCCAACGGGUUUCCAGUGUGAUCCAGUAAUAAAAAAUGCCCUUUUCUGUACCUUUUUAGUCAAAAACUGCUUUAUAAAUGCCAGAAAACAUUUGAAAAAUAUGCAAGGCAGGGAACAAGGGGAAGUUUUUGUUUUCUUCACUUUUGCCUGACACUAAGAAAGAUGAUGUUAUUGCGAUCCAGGUUUAUUUUAUUUUUUUUAUUUUUUUAUUUUUUUAUUUUUUUGCUCAAUGUCAAAGGAUGAAUGACAUUGAAACACAUUCUGCUGUUUGAAGUCAGCCUGUGUCAUUGUGACUGUUGAUAACUGACCAUAUUCAUUUAAAUCGUUUAUAAAAAU